CGAAAACUAAAACGAAAAUGAAAUUCGCUCCUCACAGAUCUAUAAAAAUCUUCGGCUCCUCCAACGGAGGGGUCGACUUCAGCUCCUCCAACGUUGCGGAAACAUGUCCUUCCAACCAGGGAUACCUUAUGUUUUGAUCAACACCAAGAGCAACACAGCUCUUGAUCUCCACGGAAUCAACCGCAAAGUUUGUUCUGAACUUCUAUUCCGACCCUCUGCUGGCGACCCAAAAUCUGAUGCCACCCCCCGUCCCAUUUCACCUACGCCUCUAAUUUCUCGCCUGUUGCUUCCAUGGACCUUUGAGAGCGUUGGUGCUGGUUUGUACAUUGUCAAGAACGGUCUCGGAAAGUACAUCGGACUGGAAAUUCCAAUCGAAACCGGAAAACGUGUAUCAACAAACGACACACCUCGUCUCUACUGGUCGGUUGAGAAGGAUCCGAGCUCUGACAACGUCUACAGAAUUUUUCUCGACAAGACCAAACUAAGCCUGGAUCUUGCAAACAAUGGUAGUUCUGCUAACGAGACCCCUGCGAUCAUCUGGUACACUGAAGGGCCUCCUUCUCAGUCCUGGAGGUUUGAAAGAGCUUGA